CCUAAUUUACAAUGAACACAAACCACUGUGCAUGAGUAUAAAAGCCAUUGAUAGUAACUUGAAAAACAUCUUCAAUUCAUAAAUCUUAGUUAAACAAAAACCAAGAUGAUUCCUGAGACCCUCUUGUUAGUUGUGAGUAUCUUCCUCUGUGCUUGCUUUUUCAAAGGCUUGUUUGAGAGAAGGAAAAAGCCCAAAGCCCACUUGAAGCUCCCUCCAAGCCCACCAGCCCUACCGGUGAUCGGUCACCUCCAUCUGCUUAAACCCCUCAUCCACCAUGCAUUCCAAGAACUUUCUCUCCGAUAUGGGCCUCUUAUAUACCUUCGAAUAGGUUCUGAGAAGUUCAUAGUUGCAAACACCCCUACCCUCGCAAAGGAAUUUCUCAAGACCAAUGAGCUCACAUACUCUUCUCGCAAAAUGAACACGGCCAUUGACAUGGUUACCUACCACAACGCUACGUUCGCGUUUGCCCCUUACGACACUUACUGGAAGUUCAUGAAAAAGCUCAGCAUCACUGAGCUCUUGGGAAACAAAACCCUUCAGCAGUUCCUACCGAUUCGGACAAGGCUCGUUCACGAAUUCGUCCAAACUCUUUUCCAGAAAUCGAAGGCCAAAGAAAGCGUGAACCUCUCCGAGUCACUCAUGAGGCUUUCCAACAACGUGAUAUCGCAGAUGAUGCUCAGCAUCACGAGCUCCGGAACAGACAGCCAGGCGGAGCAGGCACUUGCGUUGGUUCGUGAAGUGACGCAGAUUUUCGGGGAGUUUAACGUUUCGGAUUUCAUAGGUUUCUGCAGGAACUUGGAUUUGCAAGGUUUCAGGAAGAGGGCAUUGGAUAUACAUAAGAGGUACGAUUCUCUGCUAGAGAAGAUCAUCUCUGAUCGUGAAGAACUGCGAAGGGAAUCUAAGGUUGAACGUUGUGAAGAUGGAGAAGAGAAAGUGAAGGAUUUUCUCGAUAUUUUGCUGGAUAUUCUUGAACAGAAAGACUUGGAGGUUGAGUUAACUCGGAACCAUGUCAAAUCAUUGAUCUUG